UCUGCCAACAUACAGUAUGUAGUUGUUCUUCUCACAAGUCCAAAGAACAGUAAGGUGACAGACAGCCAGGUCUAUGUGUUUCUGUGUUUCCAUAUUCCGGGCUUCCCAGAUGUGUCAGUGAGGAGCAACAUGGUGUCUGGUAAGGAGGGGAACAGCACCACAGCCGAGUGUCUCUACAGUGACAUCAUGGAUGACAGUGAGAAGAUGUGGUGUAGGAACGGGACACCUGCAGGGAACUGGAGCUCCUGCUUGACUGCAGAGGGAGAACGGGCGUCUCAGGACCGCAUGGAUUUGAUCAUCAAUACAUGGAGUCGCACCUUCACUGUGACGAUGAGACAUCUGGAGAUGAACGAUACCGACUGGUACUGGUGCAUAGCAGGAGACGAGCAGAUCCCGGUGUACAUCUCAGUCCUCAAUGCAUCUAACGCAUGUUAGCUGAUAGACUGUCACAGAUCCACUAUCACUCACAUUUAAGGCUUUGUAGCCCCCUUCAGAAUACAAAUAAUGCAGACGAAAAACCAUUGUACCUUGUACAUCUUUCAUUUUCAAUCAAGAGACAUUUAUUGAAACAAGAGAAUAAUAAUAAUUAUAAUAACAAUAAUAAUAAUACUUGUUUAUAUUUCAUUUACAAGUGCUCUGCAUGUGAUGCUUGCUACACAAAUCAAUGAUUCAAAGGUCCUUUCCCUCACAGCAAUAUCUCCUCCAACCAUGAACCUGAUUACUUUCCCUUUGGUCUUGACUCUGAGAGGAAUGGAGGAUGAUAACUCAAGGUGGAGGUGAGACUAUUGCUUUGUUUAUUCAUUAGUGUAGAUAUACUGUAACAGAGAGGCUCAUUUAGAUUUUUCUUUUAGGUUUUCUAGUUGGGACUGGGAGAGAUAUCUGGAUAUUCUGCUGAAAGGUGCUGUUGGCCUGGUAUUUUUGGCAUGCACCAUCCUAGCAGCUCUGGUGACGAGAGACUACCAAA